CACGAGACGACACAAACAGGUAGAUGGCGAUUGAACCGCAGCACUCGAUCUUGGCCUUUCUGGUAUACCGAGGAGCCACCUGUGCGAGGGUGUGAGCCAGUAUCAAGGUCCUAGAUCGGGUUGGCUUGUUUGGAUCCUCGCGGAUCCCAAGAGAGCCAUAGUGGCAAACCACCUAGGAAGCAGAGAGCAAGGUUUGGUUAGAAGAUGGCAUCUGACGAUAUUAUGCCAUGCCCCUCUCCUCCUAUCCAAUAGCACACAUAGUAAGCGGUAUAGAUCCGUGCCGUCGGUUUGCCAUGCCAUCGAAUGGUUGCCCCCUCUCCGCUCAUAUUACUUUACUUAGUACUAUUGCCUCCCGUGGAUAUUGGGAAAGUGGUUGGAUCCAGGCCAUAGGCUUCUCUACGUCGUCGCUUGUCAUAUCCGAUCCCGAUGUGAGCCGGACAAUAGUGACCACAGACACGAGCACCGACCCUGUCAUGAAAGAGGAGAGAGAGAAUCAGGGGUUGGCAACAGAAGUAGAGUUUUUAUGGUUUUUCUUUUUUUUUUUUUUUUCUAUUCUAUUUUCUUUUUCUCUUUUUUUGCCUCCCGAGGCCCCUUCCAUGUCUCUCUUUCCAAUGAUUAGAAUCCUCAUGAUUGAUCUUCCCAUGUCCAGUUCGAUUCCUUUGCUUCCAUUCGAGUUUCUUUCCACAGACUUUGGGCCCUUUCUGCUUUUUGAUUGCAAGCAAUCCAGACCCUUCUCUUGACAAUUCAAAUCUCCAGUCCCAAAGCGAGGUCUUGCUCAUUUUCCCAGAGCAGGGAGAACCUCGGAUUGGCAGAGGUGCGGACGGGGAAGUGCCAAAUGACAGCAACUUGAAUGUGGCAGUGC